AUGCAUUAUGGUUCAGAGUACGGGCUUGAGCCAUCCUCCAGUGCUGGCCGAGGUCUAAGGAAAAUGGGACUAUUAAGGCGAUCCACAGGAAGGAGAAUGGGUAUGUAUUUGGAGGGAACAAAUAUCCUUCUUUUGAAGAGAAGGAAAAAGAAACUACUUAUGACUUUCCCUGGCUUUGUUAAUAGUCCAGUAGAAGGAUAUAGGGUUGGCAAACUAUUCGUCUCCAACAAGGAAAUUGUUAAAGGGAGCAAUGGAACUGUUGUUCUUGAGGGAUCCUAUGAAGGUCGCCUUGUUGCGUUUAAGCGUCUAGUACAAACACAUCAUGAUGUGGCUCAGAAGAAGAUUUUGAAUCUCAUGGCCUCGGACAAACAUCCAAAUAUUGUCCGCUAA